AUGGCAGAGAAGGAGCAGCAACCAGGGCAUAACUCGGCAACACCAUAUAACUAUGGCCGAGCAGACGAAGAGUCACAAACCAAAGAACUUAAACGCCAGAAACGCAAGAAACUUAUUCUAUAUAUUGCUGCGUUUGCUGUGUUCCAAACCAUUGUUAUAGUCAUCUUUUCACUCACUGUCAUGAAGGUCAAAACUCCCAAGUUCCGCGUACGUGAUGCCUCAUUCGAGACGUUUAGUGUCACGGCUUCAUCAUUUGACAUGAGAAUGAAUGCACGACUUGGUGUCAAGAACACCAACUUCGGUCCCUACAAAUUCGACAAUAGUACCAUUACCUUCUACUACAGGGGUGCAGAAAUAGGGAAUGCUUUUGUUCCUAAGUCAACGGCUAAAUUUCAAUCCACCAAGAGGUUCAAUGUUACAAUAAACCUAUCAUCAACCAAUUUACCAACCAGUUCAGAAUUAGGAAGUGAUUUCAAUUCUGGGAUUUUGCCACUGAGCAGCACAUCAAGAUUGACCGGAAAGGUGGAGCUAAUGCUGGUGAUGAAGAAGAAGAAAGCUAUCAAUAUGAAUUGCACCAUGGAAGUUAAUAUCGCGAGCCAGAAAAUCCAGAAUUUGAAAUGCAAAUGA